UGCUGCGCGAGACUAGAGAAGAACAGUGAACACGAAACAGUACAAGUCGAGGGGAAAAGUUAGUUUUCUACUCACAUCGGUCACGAAAUUGUGGCUUAAAGAAAGAGGAAUGGAUAUGAGGACGUCCUGGCUCUGUUUAAUCAAUAUAAUUCUUCUCACAGGUUCAGCCUGUGGGCUGCAGAUCACCUCCACUGGUUCAACGUCGAUUGAGAAAGCUAGCGGGGAGAGCUUAAAGUUGGACUGUGAGUUUACUCUUGCUACUGAGGAUUCUGGGCCUCUGGACAUUGAGUGGAGCCUGCAGCCUUCUGACAACCAGAAAGAAGAGAAAGUGGUAAUCAUAUACUCAGGUGACAGAGCCUUUGAACACUACUAUGCCCCUCUUAAAGGGAGAGUCCACUUCAACUCUCCUGACCCUAAAAACGGCGAUGCCUCCAUGAACAUAAUGGGACUGAAGGCCACAGACACUGGCACCUAUCAGUGCAAGGUGAAGAAGGUUCCUGGCAUUGCCAGCAGGAAGUUCCUUCUUACUGUCAUGGUGCGCCCCUCUAAACCCAGAUGUUAUGCGGAGGGUCCAACUCAGGUGGGAAAGGAUAUGAUGUUGAGGUGUACUUCUGUAGAGGGCACACAACCCCUGAAGUAUAUCUGGGAGAAAACCACUGGCAAUAAACUACUGCCAGCCACAGCAGUGCUCGAUCCAGUUGGGGGCACCAUGAGUCUACGGAAUGCCACAGAGGCGGCUUCUGGAACAUAUCGUUGCAUGGCUCAAAACAGAGUUGGAACAGAGGAGUGUAUGGUGGUGGUCAAUGUCACACCAUCCCCAAACACCGCUGGUGUCAUUGCGGGCUCAGUGAUCUGUGUUUUGCUGGCUCUCAUACUCCUCGCUCUCAUCCUCUUCUGCUGCUGCCGUGCCCGCCAGAAGAAGAAAUACGAGAAGGAGAUUGCCUAUGAGAUCAGAGAGGAUGUUCCCCCUCCAAAAAGCCGUGUGUCUACUGCACGCAGCUUCACCAGUGUGGGUAGCCAACGCUCUUCUCUGGGCUCCAUGUCUCCCUCCAACCUGCAUGAGUACACCAAGCCCCAGUAUGACAAGAUACCCUCUGAAGAAUUCGAGAGGCCCCCUAGUCAUGUCCCUCUUCCCCCGCCCAGCAGAAUGGCGGGCCCCAACCUCAGUCGUAUGGGAGCCAUUCCUGUCAUGAUCCCUGCCCAGAACAGGGAUGGGUCCAUUGUGUAGAGCUGAACUGGGAUCUGACUUAGCACUGCCUUUUUGACUGUCACUUUCUAUAAAUUAUUCUGCGGGAAUUUUUGAAGGAGCAAAUGAAGGGUCUCUACAGGCUCAGAGAGAUUGAAGUGUUGUGCCGAACUCAGCUGUACCAUCUGUGAUAUAAUACUAUUUGACUUCCAGAACUUUGACAAACAUAAAAAAAUAAAAAAAAAAAAACGUAUUCAACAGGAUGUGGAAAGAUGAAUGUUUCAUCUGCUCCUGUUUUGUAAAUAAUGCGAUGCACGAUGUUUUUUUUCUACUUUUUUUUCCUCUUUUUUUUUUUUUUUUUUAAGAUAGGAGGCCCAAUCUUAUAUGAGGUGGCUGUAAUAUACAGUACUAAGGCACUUGAGUUGUUUGCCUAUGGAAUAUUUUCCACAGAUGAAAUGAAACACAUUGAAAUCAAACUAAAUGAAAUGUAUGUAGUACAACCCAUAGUUUACUAUUUUAGAUGACAACUCCCAAGCUUUUAUCUAAUAUCCUUUUUUAAAUCAGUUUGAAACCUUUUUGGCAACAUUAAUCCAUUUAUUACGACAUUUAUCUCUUUGCUUUGCUACAAAAGCCUGGAUAAGAGUUUCAAAGGUCUGCAGAAAGAUGUGGGUUGAUUUGGACAGGAUUUGGAUUGAAGAUUAUUUACAUGUGAUGUGUAUAUAUGAAUGUUUACUUUCUUGUAAUCAAUUUAUCUGAAAAUGAGCUAAUACUAUGAUUAUUAACCUGCUUUGCUUUUUAUUGAACAUUUGACCAUUUUAAACCCCACCAGUGGGCGUCUGAGGGAUUAGUGUACAAAUCUCUUUCUUUGCGCUUAGAUGGCUUGUGACCCCAAAUUACCCUCCUUUGGUUGGGUGGUAAAAUAAGGUUGAUUGAGCAAUCAGACUUGGGUAAUUUUGAAAGCCAAAAGAACCACAGUCCUCCCCACCCCUGCCCAGCCAAGCAAGAAAAGCUGAUCUCAGAUGUCUCUGAUUAAAGAGUUGCACAGACUUUAAAAAGAGAUCCUAAUCCUAAACCAGCAUUUCUUUCAACUCAUCCCAGCUUAAAAGAUGACGCUUUAAAAUCUAAUUGUCAGUUUGAAGUUCUGGUUUGCAGUUUAUCAGUGGUUCUCAACCUUGUUCCUGGUGUCCCCAAACACUACAUAUUUUGGAAAUCUCCCACCUGAUUCAGCUCAUCAGCUCAUUAAUGGAGACUCCAAGACCUAAAUUGGGUGUGUCAGAAAAGGGAGAUAUACAAAAUGUGCGGGGGGGGGUCUCCAGGGACAGGGUUGAGAACCACUGUGUUAGAUGAAGAAUAUGCAACAUACUGAAGGUAUAAUAAAUUAAAGUGAUAACAUCACUUUAAUUUAAACCAAUGAAGGAGAUUGAUUUAUACUGAAGGUCAAUCGUAGAUUUAUAAUAGACUAUUUUGAAUAUUAUGAAUAGUGCUUAAGUUUAGUUUGAGUUGAAUUUGAUAAUUUCUGAAGUAAUUAACCACCGUAGGACACCAUAAUGACUGCAAUACCCACCUGUCAAGAAAAAACAUUACUAAUCUUUAUGGUUUGUGUUUUUAUGGUUUGGAUUAUAUUUUACCCUGUGCAGGGCCACCCCAAUAUUCACUAUAUGUGCCUUUUUUUUAAUCUUUGCGUGAUAUGAACUGGUAGCACCCAAUGUUUUGGUCCACAUCAGCAGUGUAAGUUUUGUAGAUGAGAAGUUAAAAAUUACAUGACACAUAUUACAAAGUGAUCAUCAGUUAAAGCAUUAUUGAUUAGUGACAAGUUGUAAUAAUUAGUUAUGAACAAUUGAACCUUAUUUGAUUUUGUUUGCAGAGACUGGCAUCAAAUAUUCUUUAAAGAUAGUAUGUUAUUAAUAGAUAUAUAAUGAACUAUUUAAACCUCAAAGAUGCUGGUUCUGUCAUGUUUCCAGUACUCGUGGGAGGAUGUGUGUACACUGACAGCUAUACACUGUCUCUAUAAAUUCAUUCUGUUGUACGUAAAUAGCAGCCUUUUAAUGAUAUGCUUUUUUUCUGACCAGCGUUCCUGUUGAAUGUGUAAAUAUAUUAACAGAUUGAUUGGAUGUGUCUUUACGGCUGUAAUGUGUAAUAUGUUUGCACUUGGGUAGAACUGCAAAUGUGGUGAAGGACGAGAUGAUGGUUGGUCUAAUUAUUCACCAUCUGGAUACGGUAUUAUUAUACAUAUGCUGUUGCUCCUAUGUUGUCAUAACCUGAAAGCACACACACUCAUGUUUUCCAUGGGCUUUUAUUUCUUAAGAUUCUAAGAAUAGGGGUGCUGUUACAAGAUCAGUUAAGCUUGUUUGAACAUGUUGACUAAUGUCAGCGCAAAGUGGAAAUCUGAUCCUUGAUCAGCAAAUCUUUACUACUAGCAGUGUGAAUCAAUUUCCUUGAACUGAAUCAUCUGUUUUCUGUUUGGAUGGGGCCCAUUUGGUAUUUCAUGACAGGUUAGGCCGAUUCUCUGUACAGUGCCAUUGAAAGAUAUAGUGUGUAACUUUAACUCUCCUUACUAAUAAGAAACAACCAAUGAUAUUAAUUGUAGCUGUUAUCUUGUAAAUUGUGUACUAAUAUUACAUAACUUUUUUUCCUAAUUUUUGGUUUGCACAAUAUGUAAAAACCUUUAUUUUUGUGUGCUUAUUGUGAUGCAUUUUUAAAUAAAAAGAAAAACUAUCAUUCUA